AAGAUAAAUUGCACCCCAUAAAGAAAACUCACUUAUUUGGUUUGGAAUCUGCUUUUCAUUCCGGUGGCUAGCCUUAAGUAGUAACCCACCUCAACCUCAGGCUCGGGUUUAUGGGCGUAUAUCGGUCUGUAUAUCCGUUAGCAUUGACUUUCACCUUCUUUCUAUGAGAGAAGGCCUCUCCUCACAGUCUUAGCUCACUCAGGGUGUCCGAAGUUCAGAUUGCUGAAGAUGGGAACUAGGGUUCCUGUGCAGCACUACGACCUGAGGCCGGACGCUGUCUCCUACAUCCAGAGCCCACUUGACGACCUCAAUGCGGGGGAGGGACUCGGCGGAGCUAGUGACGAUAUGGACCGAGGAGGCGGGGAUAUCACCGAGGAGAGUCUGGAUAACGAUGAAGAAUCCACCGCCGUUGACUGCGUGAGUGACUCCUUUAGAAACACUUUACCACUUCACGUUGCUGCAGCAGAGGACAAUCAAACUAGCAUAGCUAACAGUGGAUCUUUGAGGGACCCGUACAACAUUGUAACCAUUAAUGAUGUUUCACCAAUUGAGUCAGCAAGAGCAAGAUUUCUGGACAUUAUUGUAGAUCAUUUUAUUAGCUCACAUGUAAUUGAAGUGAUCGAUACGGAGGCAGACUGUGUAGUACAAUCUUCUCAAGACAAAUUGAGCAAGAGGAAGCCGAGUGAAAUUCACCAUGAAGGUGAUCCUCGACAUGUUUUGCCUUUGAUGUAUGUGGCGAACAUGUAUGAAACAUUGGUUGCUGAAGUAAACUUAAGACUAUCUUCCUUGAAUGAGUUACGGGAAAAAAACAUUGGUGUGGCCCUUGAAGCAGCUGGAGGUUUGUAUAGAAAGCUCGCGAAAAAAUUUCCUAGGAAAGGACCUUGCAUUUAUAAACGUCGAGAAUUAGCCACUUCUUUUGAUACACGGUCAAGGUUUCCUGAACUAGUGAUACAGGAGGAGAAGCGUGUUCGUUUUGUUGUUGUUAAUGGUCUAGCUAUUGUUGAGACACCAACAAGUAUGCACAAUAAUGAAAUUGAGUGGUUCAAAAGAUUGACAGGUCGUACAGAAGUGUCAGUCUCCCCGAGAGAUUACAAAUUCUACGCACCCCGACAUAAGUAUAGACGCGUGGCAUCAAGCUCUUUUCCCAGCAUGCUUUCAUUCUCGUCACAAAAUAGCCAUCAGGCGAAUCCACCGAAGCAGCACAUGCAGCCAACAUCAAACCAGGCUCAAUUUCAUCACUCCCUUCAGCAACACCAUAUGAACCAAAACCAACACAUGACUCACAUGUCUCAAUGUGGACCUCAUUCAGAUUUACCUGAAGUUGUGCAUUCUCAGUACUCUGCAACCAUUUCACCUCACAUGGCUCCCUUACAACCCAUGGGCCACGUUAAUGGUCGUAUGCAUUUACUGCCAGCUAGUCCUGCGAAGUUCUGUGAUGAAUGUGGAGCCCCAUACUUAAGGGAGACAUCCAAGUACUGCUCCGAGUGUGGUGCUAGAAGGUUAGGAAUUUGAUUUGUGACUGUAAAUAAAAUAUGUAGUAUGGGAUAAGGUUGUCUCGUCAUGUGAUGACGUUUGUAAAUGUUUGGCAUGUAUCUUCUUUUGAGGUUGACAUUUCUUCUUGCUGUGUAUAAAAUGAAGGGAAAAUAAAAUUCAUGUGUAAUAUUGUGUUCAAGGGAUCAAGGCACAAAAAAUGUACUCCACAAGGAAAUCCCACAAAAAGAUGUCUG